CGGGCUAGGUCCGCCCAGAUUUGCAGAGCGAGCCGUGUCGGGACCUGGGCAGACUUUUUUGCCGUGCUCUGGCCGCUGGCUCCCAGCCUGCCCUGCCCUGCCCUGCCCUGCUGGUCCGAGUUCGGCGUUCCGCGCCUGGACUUUACCAGCCCGGUGGUCCUCAGCUGCUUAAUCUGCUGCUCCAAGGCGGGACGCGCCCGGCCCUAUCAUACCAGCCCAUCUUCUCCCGUGUGCUCUCCGUUCCCGGUCCGCGCAAGGUGGUCCCAGCUUCCGAACCUGAGUGUAGAGGAGCCGGGACGCCCACCGGCCUCCGGCUCCCGAAGAACCAAACCUUCAGCUGCCUUGGACCGGACUGCUCCGGACUUGAAACUGUACUGGCGCCUCCCGGGUCCAGCGCACCGUGAGGGGUCCCAAGCAGUCAGAACAGUCAGACUGAACCCCUGGUCUGGUGCUGCGAACCGAAGCUGCCACCUUCCUCCGACCGAGGCUAAGGACUUGGGGGUGCUUGCACCAAAGAGAACACAGGGGCUUCUACUGCCCCAGUCUCCAGCGAGCCGAGAUUGCAGCUGUUUGACUGAAGUGACAUCACCAUCUCUGUGGACAGGACACUCCUGGAGCACAGCCCACAGCCACUGGACUUUCUUCCAGUUCCAGCCAAGGGCCUCCAUGGGCGCUUGAGGGCCAGGUGCCAGGGCCUUGGGCACGAGCAUGGUGAGACACCAGCCCCUACAGUACUACGAGCCCCAACUCUGCCUCUCAUGCCUCACGGGCAUCUAUGGCUGCCGCUGGAAGCGCUACCAACGCUCACAUGAUGACACCACACCGUGGGAACGUCUGUGGUUCUUGCUCCUGGUCUGCACCUUCAGCCUCACCCUCACCUGGCUCUACUUCUGGUGGGAAGUCCACAAUGACUACGAUGAAUUCAACUGGUACCUCUACAACCGUAUGGGCUACUGGAGCGACUGGUCCGUGCCGAUUCUUGUGACCACAGCUGCUGCCUUCACAUACAUCGCAGGCCUCCUGGUCCUGGCACUAUGUCACAUCGCUGUGGGGCAGCAGAUGAACCUGUACUGGAUGCACAAGAUGGUGCUAGUGGUCAUCCUGGCCUUCACGGUGGUGGCCAUGUCAGCAGUGGCCCAGCUAUGGGAAGAUGAAUGGGAGGUGCUGCUGAUCUCCCUGCAGGGCACAGCACCAUUCCUGCACAUAGGGGCUCUGGUGGCCAUCACUGCACUCUCCUGGAUCGUAGCAGGACAGUUCGCCCGUGCAGAGCGGUCCUCCUCUCAGGUCACUGUUCUUUGUACCUUCUUCGCUGUGGUCUUCGCCCUCUACCUGAUCCCUCUCACCAUCUCUUCUCCCUGCAUCAUGGAGAGAAAGGACCUGGGCCCCAAGCCUGCCCUCAUCGGCCACCGAGGGGCCCCCCUGCCACGGGGCGGUCUCUGCAGGUGGCGCCUGGGUGGCAUACGGAGUUACAACCCAGAGCAGAUCAUGCUGAGUGCCGCAGUACGCCGGACCAGCCGGGACGUCAGCAUCAUGAAGGAGAAGCUCAUCUUCUCAGAGAUCAGUGAUGGUGUGGAGGUCUCUGAUGAGCUCUCCGUAUGUUCAGACAGCAGCUAUGACACCUAUGCCAACAGCACAGCCACCCCUAUGGGCCCUCGAGGUGGUGGCAGCCGUGCCAAGACCCUCACAGACCGCAGUGGGCAUUAGCUGAAGAUCCGUCUGCCCAACUUGUACCUGAGGUAGAACCUAAAUGAGAAGAGCUGACAGAAACUGCACGUGCAGUGCCCUGGGAGCUGGCUCCGCAGCCUGCUUGUGUGCUCCAAGUUCCUUUGUCAGUUCCAGCCUCUCCUGGGGGGCUCUCCCCACUGAGGCUCAGCUGCACCAGAACUCCAGCCUCUCAGAUGCCCCUGCAGGUCUGGGGCUUUUCUUCCUGGAAGUGAGGGCCUGGUCUCCUUGUCUACUCUCACAACCACUGUCCACCUCCCAGCCUGGAAGUUUUGCUGGGUCACUGGGCCAUGUGCCCCAUGGAAGUGGAGGGUGUGGAUGCUCCCCUGUGCCCACUCCUGUCUAUUUAUCUGUCUGUGCUGUGAGAUUACUGACUCUGGUCUCGUCCUGCCUUGAGGACGAUGACUGGGCCUCACCUCUGCCUGGCAGCUCUACUCUCUUCACCCAUCUCAAAGCACAAGGACAUCUCAGGAGGAAAAUCAGGGGCUAUGGUGGAGACAUGUUCUCCCAACCAGCUUCCCUCCACCAGUGGCCUCUGAGUCCCCGAGAAGCAGCUAGAGAUGGCCAGAAUCACAGGUUUGGGGCUGUUCUGCCUCACACCCAAUUGUCCAACAGGCCUCUGGGGCAGAAGAAGCCUUGAAGAUCAGAUAAUCAACAGACUGACAUGACCUCAGGUUCCCACAGCAGUGGCCACAGGGCAAUGGGCCACCUGGGCAAAGUGCUCUGGGCUCAGUCAAGCAUGGCGUCUGGCCAAAGAUACCUACAGUAGAAGGAACCUAAGGGCCAAGGCAAUUAAAGCUGCCAUCUUAAUGUG